CUCACAAUUAUCUCUGCAGACUGUGACACCCCAGAACACCACUACCCCAGCCUGACUGUCUCCCUGCACUCUCACACUUAGCGCUGCAGACUGUGACACCCCAAAACACCACCUACCCCAGCCUGACUGUCUCCCUGCACUCUCACACUUAGCUCUGCAGAUUGACACCCCAGAACACCCCUACCCCAGCCUGACUGUCUCCCUGCACUCUCACACUUAGCUCUGCAGACUGUGACACCCCCAAAACACCCCUACCCCAGCCUGACUGUCUCCCUGCACUCUCACACUUAGCUCUGCAGACUGUGACACCCCAAAACACCCCUACCCCAGCCUGACUGUCUCCCUGCACUCUCACACUUAGCUCUGCAGACUGUGACACCCCAGAACACCCCUACCCCAGCCUGACUGUCUCCCUGCACUCUCACACUUAGCUCUGCAGACUGUGACACCCCAAAACACCCCUACCCCAGCCUGACUGUCUCCCUGCACUCUCACACUUAGCUCUGCAGACUGUGACACCCCAGAACACCCCUACCCCAGCCUGACUGUCUCCCUGCACUCUCACACUUAGCUCUGCAGACUGUGACACCCCAGAACACCCCUUACCCCAGCCUGACUGUCUCCCUGCACUCACACUUAUCUCUGCAAAGUGUGAUACGCCAAAACACCCCCUACCCCAGCCUGACUGUCUCCCUGCACUCUCACACUUAGCUCUGCGGACUGUGACACCCCAAAACACCCCCUACCCCAGCCUGACUGUCUCCCUGCACUCACACUUAGCUCUGCAAACUGUGACACCCCAGAACACCCCCUACCCCAGCCUGACUGUCUCCCUGCACUCUCACACUUAGCUCUGCAAAGUGUGAUACCCCUAACACAGAAGCUUUACCCUCUCCUACCCACCUGGAUACCAAACAAAACACCACCUAAACUGUCUGAAACUCUCCAUUCCCAGCGCUGCUCCACUCCCAGACCCUGGCUGUCUAAUGCCAGACACUCCCCUAGCCAAUCCCUGCUGUCUCUCCCUCCACCCAGCUCUGCGCUGUCUCUUCCUGCCUGUGAUUGAGACCCAGCCCUCCUGUAGUCACUUCCCACCGCACCCUCUCUUUGAGACUGCAGCCUGCAAGAGACAGAGCACUCUCACAUCUAACACUCUGGGACUGUCGGUCUCCUGGGUGAUCCCUUUGAUUUCGGUGGAAAAAAAGGAAAAACUAAAAACUAACUUUCUUUAGUUGUCAUUGUUGAAAACUAUUACUUUUAGAAAGAAAGAUGUCAGAACAGCCACAGGUGGAGCUGUUUGUAAAGGUGAGAGACAUUUCUUUAUAUUUGCAAUAUGUUUUAUUCUUGUUAGUGUUUCUGUAGUUUGUACAAGUUGUUACUGUGUUGCAUUUUAAUAUACAGCUUAAACUAUCUGUGUUAUUAUAAUAUACAUGUAGUAAAUUGUGUGUGAAUCUGUAUAUAUAACAUGCUGUUUGUGUGAUCUAUAACUUUGCAAAGUGUUUUGAUGGGAGAAUUCAGAUCCUGAGUCAAUGUGUUACAUACUGGUCUCAGUGUUUAAUAUAAACACACACAGAUACUGUCACUAGCAAAGCAACUUGUUUUAUUUGGUACAUUUCACGUUUAAAACCCAUAUAUUGGUGUAGUGAAAUAAACCGAUACUAUCCAUAAAUUAAUAUUAAGAGACUUAUACCGCGUUAUAUGAAUUGGGGCAAGUUAGAAGUCAUAAUUUAGGCCCGAAUAGAUGAGUUUGAAUCAUUAGCCUCUAUAAUUUCACACUUUUUAAUUAUUUUUAUUUUUUUACAAUUUAGUAAACAAUCCCAUGAUAGUAUUUAUAUCUGAUAUACGUAAUCAUUUCUGAUAUUAAAACUUGCCAUUUUUUUUUUGUGAAUGUAUUUGGUGUUCGCUAAAUAGUAAAUGUUUUAAUUCUGGUGUUUUUCGCCUGUAUUUUAUCAUUCUGUGUUCAGUUUCGGCGAUUCACUAAACAGAGAAUGGACCAGGCAGUGUACUUUUAAAGCUAAAUAGCUGAAAAUGCUUUUUUUUUGCCUCUGGUGUUAACUACUAAUAAAGAUACAUUUUCGUGAAUAACCGUGACUGUUUAGUGAGUAAUUCCCAUUAUCGACAGCUUGACACACUCCAUUGUGUGAAUGGGCUGCAGUUUAGCAUAGGAAAUAUCUGGUCAAUUCAUCAUACAGGAACUGAGAUCAGACUUCUUUAACAUUUUAAGACUAGGCUGAAGAAUUAGAAGACAAAGCUACUAAAGUGGGGGAUUCCAAAUUAAUUAAAAUUUUUACUCCACAAUGGCUGAACUGAAAGUAGUACUAUUCACCAAAGUGAGAAUUAAAAGUGAAUUUCAAAUCCAAGGUAAAUAUAUCCAAAGUGGAAACAUUGCUUAGCGCUCGGCUGUUUGGCCUCAAUUUUACAUUCACUUUGAAAUCUUUCUCUGUUCUCACUUUGGUUAAAAAGAUCCAGAUAGUUUGAGAGUUUUCCAGAUCAGCUAUUGUUGUGUAAAUUAUUAAAUUUGCUUUUUUACCAACAGUUCAGACACAAAAUUACGUCUGUCUUCAUUACGCACUGCGAGCUAUGGACCGCUGUAAUUGUCCCCUCCCACCACGCCUCCCUACAUUGUUAAAAUCUAAGCCCUGUCCAUACAUUUUAACGGCCAGUCCUCACUUUGCCCCACCCCCAAUAUCUGUGCAGAUCUCCCUCCGUCGAUAUAUCACGCCAACUGAUACUGUCUUAAAGGAACACUAUAGCGUUAGGAAUACAAAUAUGUAUUCCUAACGCUAUAGAGCCCUAGUCACCUAAAUGGUGACCAGGGCCCCGUUCCACGGCGAAUAAUUGGUUAAUUAACCAUUUAUUUGCAUACCUAAUCUGGGGCCGGGCUCCCUCAGCACUGGUGACGUUUCCUCAUCCAUUGACAUCAGCUCCCGAGUGGAUCCGAAUGUGCAUGCGCGGCCAGAGGCACGUGCGCUUUCAAACACGCCCAUAGGAAAGCAUUACUCAAUGCUUUCCUAUGGGGAUCUUUUUUGACGCUGGAUGUCUGUGAGGACGUCCAGCGUCAAAUAAGUGUGAUUUACUCCGUGCAAAUCGAGGAAGUGCCUCUAAUGGCUGUCAGGGAGAAGGUCACUAGAGGCUGGAUUAACCCUGCAGUGUAAACAUAAGUUUCUCUGCAGGGUUAAAACUAGGAGUACCUGGCACGCAGACCACUUCGUUGAGCUGAAGUGGUCUGGGUACCUAUAGUGGUCCUUUAAACACAAAAAUACACGUUUCUUGGCAUUUUCAUAUACUACAUAUAGUGUUGGUAAAUGUAAUAUACACCAUUAUCAUUGUACAGUGCUAUGGAAUUUUGAUGGCACUAUAUAAAUAAUGAUGAUGACCAUAAUUCUAUUUUUUUUUUAUAAUUACCAUAUAUACAUAGGCUUUGUGAUUUUGUUCCUUAACCUCAUCUUGUACUGAACUGAAGGCUCAAAUCGUUGGAUACAUCUAUAUUUGAGCUGGAGAAUUGUUUCCACAGUCCCUAUUUUUGCCUAAAUUUAGCAAUUUGGUUUUCAGGUCACAAGAGUUCAGCUUUUAGUGAAAACAUUUCUCCUUCGGGCAGAGUCUCGCACUAUGGCCCUGAAACCAUUUAAUGUUGUUCAGUAAAGCAAGGGGUAAACAACCUUCAGCCAGAUUUUGUGGACUACAUCUCCCACGAUGCUUUGCCAGUAUUAUGGCUGCUAAUGCAUUAUGGGCGAUACAGUCCAUGUCAUCUGGAGUGCCCAAGGUUGUCUACCUCAGCACUACAGUGAGAAUUAAACCUUAAUGUAACUUUUGGCCAACAAACAAACUGAAAACAUAGUAUUAAAGGACCACUAUAGUGCCAGGAAAACAUACUGAGGGGUUAAAAUCUUACCUUUCUCCAGCGCCGGGCGGGGAGCUCUCCUCCUCCUACCCGCCUCUUCUCCUCCUCUUCGGCUGAAUGCGCAUGCGCGGCAGGAGCUGCGCGCGCAUUCAGCCAGUCUCAUAGGAAAGAAUUCAUGAUGCUUUCCUAUGGACGCUUGCGUCUUCUCACUGUGAUUUUCACAGUGAGAAGCACGCAAGCGCCUCUAGCGGCUGUCAAGAGACAGCCACUGGAGGCUGGAUUAACCUAUUUAUAAACAUAGCAGUUUCUCUGAAACUGCUAUGUUUAUAAAAAAAAAUGGGUUAGCCCUAGCUGGACCAGGCACCCAGAUCACUUCAUUAAGCUGAAGUGGUCUGGGUGCCUAGAGUGGUCCUUUAACAUUUACUUUAAACUGAAUUUGUAAUUUCACCUUUUUAGCAAAAAAAACACGUCAGAAGAAGCAGGGUUAUGUUAUUAACCUCCCAUUUCCAAUGCAGUCCCUUAUCUACCACAGUUAAGUGAACACACUCUGUGUUAUGUAGUAACACGGGUUAUGAUUCCAUGAGAAUGUACUGCUCGCCCCAGGCUUGACUAGGCCUGCACAUCAUAGGUUGAAGAAUAGGGAGCAGGUACAUGUGUGGGAGGUGGAAUUGGGGCUUUGUUUGCUACUGACCACGUGUGGGUAAGCAGGGUAAUUAGGAUCUGGAGGGGAGUUUAUAUAUGAUGGGUUAUUAGAGGGCGUUGAUAAUGGCAGCUGGGAACGUGUUGAAAUCUCAUGUGACCAUGCGGUUAGACUGUCAAAGUAUAAGUGAAUGGAGGUAGUAAUUGGUAGACUGAAUGGAAGCAUGGUAGGGGUUAUUCAAGGUAAACUCUGUAUGGAGCAGAGAAUAUAAUGUGGGUACCAGAGAAGGUAGGUGCCUGAUGGCAGGGGUGAUAGGUGGACAGACCUACAGAAUGCAGAAAAAAAACCUUUCAGUUAUUCACUAAAGAGAGAAUUGUGGCGAUUUCAAAGUGAAUUUCGAGAUUUAAGUCAAAAUUGGCAAAUUGGAAAAAAUCUCGAAGACAAUUAUGUUUUUAGAUCCGCUAUUUUGCUUUAUUUUUGACAUUUCGCUUUUAGCAAAUAACCCUUUUUUGUUCCUUGUAAAAUGACUAAGUAUGGGUGUGAUGCUUGCCCUGUACUCUGUCGGAGAGGUGGAUACCCGUCAUUGAAGCACUAAUGGAGGAAGUUUAAUAUAAGGGAAUGAUAAAGUCAGGCGUAUGAAUGGGAUGAGACAAGAACAAAUAGAUAAGCGUAGGAAUGAUCCCUGAUGGUCCACGGAGUGUUACAAUGUAAAGAUAGUGGGAAACGUUUAAUAUUCCUAUUGCUAUAUUAAUGGGUGAAAGGCUACAGAGAGAGUGAAUUAGAUCACAGGAGAUCAUCGCGAGAUGGCUGGCAGUGGUGUGAUAUAAUCAGGGGGUUUACUGAUGGGUUAACGGAGGGAGGGAAUGAGAUAAUACAGAAUGCUUCCUGUGUUGCAGCUGCUUCGGUCCUGCAGGAAAUAUGAUUUAUCUACAAACAUCCUGUACACGUAACAGCCGCACCAUUCAUGGCCAGUGUACAGAUAAAUAUAUAUACACAUUCUUAUGUAAAAUGGACGGACUACGAAAAUAAAAUCGCACAGCUAGUACUUUUUCACACUUGUUGUGCCACAUUGCAUUGGGUGGCUUGCACACAUGACAAAUAACAAUAGAUAUGGCUCCCUCGCUGAACUCCUCCAACUGACCAGAAGUAAAAACGUCUUAUCGGAUACCAUGAUACAUUGACAUUUUGUAAGGGUAAAAAUACAUGAAGUUUGGGUGCUUUCGAGGUGUUUUUUUCUUUCUUUCAAAAGUAAAACUUCUUCUCAAAUAAGAUUUUACAUGUGUUCAUAUAGCGUAAGGCAUUACUCCACCUCCCAUGAGAGGAGUGGUUGUGGUGGUAGGAAUCUGUAUGCGCAGUAUUACUACUUGAAAUGGUGUACAUUCACUUUUGUGCCAGGAGGUAGAUGUAUGUCUGGCACAAGUGACUUACGCAGCGCUGAAACAUAAUGUUAAAUCUGCGAAAUGGCUCUGUCUAUGGAGAAUCUCGCAGGGUCUUCCAUACACCAGAGUGUUGUAGUCACUGACAUGCGCAAGGGUACAAGCUGAUGUGGGUUCCUGGCACCUAAAGAGGACUAGCAGGAAAUGCAUGGCAGUGUCCGCUACUGACAGAUUUGUGUAACUAUAACUUGCCACCCGCGGCAACUGGACACCCAACGGCAAAAUAAUGGUCAGAGGUCUUUGAAAAUGAAGGGAAGGCCUCAGACGGUGACAGAGCUGCUUUAAUAUGGUUAAAUUGUCUGGUUCUUGUGACAUAAAAAAAUAUGGAAGUGAGAGCAACUGGCUGGAAAGAUAGACAGCUGUCCCAAUCACACAAUCUCCCUCUCUAAAAUCCCCUCUUCAAAAUGACUCACAGUGUUUCAUGUGCAAUGCAACCCCAAGCAGCUGCAUUAAUUCAUAAAAAAAAAAAAUCUGAAAAAUAAAUAAAUAGGGGACAUUGUUGUCCAAAUGAGUUAAAGAUGCCACCAUAUAUUUUACUUCAGCAUUCAGCGUUCUCAUUUGGUUUUAUUCCACAAAUUUGUGCCUGCAAUUUGUGACCGAGCAAAGGUUGUGUUGAGUUUAAACCGUUUUGCAAUAAUUUUGUUUUUCUUUCUUCGGCUGAGCAUGAUAAACAUUUAGCUAAAUUCACCCCCUACAUUCCCACUUUGUAGGGAAUCGUUCUUUGAGCUCUUUUGAUGCUCGGUGCCCUCCAUGCCCAAGGAAAAUCAAUCUUUUAUUUAAGAAGAAUUGCUGAACAGAUUUAUGAAGGAUUAACGCAAACUACAGGCAGGGUUAAAAUGCUAUAUGAUGGAUGGUAAUUAACCUUUGAUGAUAUUGCCAUUUUAAAGGCCAUUAAAUUCUUGCAGAACACAUUGGUCUCGUUCUGACACAGUCAUAUAAAUGCUUGUCUGUUGUCAUGAUGUCACCUAAUUCCUAGAAUAGCCCUACAAAUAUAUUCAUACCUCUAGCCACAUACCUGCGUUGGUUAUUUGAAAUGUCAGGAGUGCAACAAACCCUAGCACUAGGUUGUCAUGGUAACUUGAAAUUCGUUCUUGGAAUCUCGUGUGCAGCUGCGUAAAAUAUUUGCAUUGUGCCGUAAAAUUUGCUUCUUAAAGGAACACUAUAGAGUCAGGGAUAUAUGUGUAUUACUGACACUAGGGGUUUAAAGCAUAGUUUAGGUACCUGGCUCCCCUAAUCUUACUUUUAAAAAUAUGUAAAACUCACCUUUAUUUUAGCUCCAUGCCGGUCUCGUCACGGCUGGCUCCUCCUUGCUCAUUCUCCUUGGCUGAGAUCAUCAAAUUUGAUGAUCUCAGCCAAUCCAAUGCUUUGCUUUUCCAUAGGAAAGCAUUGAUAUGAGUUUAAAGGGACACUAAUGGUGUGUUCAGUGUCCCAUUAUUAUUUUUAUUAUCGCCAUUUAUAUAGCACCAACAGAUUCUGUAGCGCCUUACAAUAUUAUAAGAGGGGGGAUUUAACUAUAAAUAGGACAACUACAAGAAAACUUACAGGAACGAUAGGUUAAAGAGGACCCUGCUUAAACGAGCUUACAGUCUAUAGGAGGGGACUCUGUGAGGCCAUAAGCUUUUCUAAAGAGAUGGGUUUUAAGGCACUUCUUAAACGGUUGAAGACUAGGGGAGAGUCUGAUGGCGGUAGGCAGGCUGUUCUGUAAGAAGGGAGCUGCACACGAGAAGUCCUGCAAGCGUGAGUUGGCUGUACAGGUGUGAGCAGCGGACAGGAGUAGGUCACGGGCAGAGCGGAGAGACCGAGAAGGGGCAUACCUAUGGAUCUGUGAAGAGAUGUAAGAGGGGCUAGAAUUGGUCAGUGCUUUAUAGGUAUGGGUUAGCACUUUGAAUUGACAACUAUAGGAUACAGGAAACCAAUGUAAGGACUGACAGAGGGUUGAGGUGUGAUUGGACCGACUAGAGAGGAAAAUCAGUCUGGCGGCAGCAUACCCACAAUUUGUGUGUGUGUGUCUCUCUCUCUCUCUCUCCAUACAAUCAUACGCAGAGACACACAUUUGUCUGAAUGUGCCGUACUGCGCUGGAGCAUCAGUGGGCAAUGGUUUUGCAUACACAAAUGAUGAAGAUUUAAGUACAUUUUAUACGUGCCUCGACUGUACUGUACUAUACCAUCCCAGUUAGCACUUCUGUAGAAGAAGAAAUUACAUGUCUGUUAUUAUUCUCCUGCGCUGCAGUACCAGGGAGAGCUGUAACCAUGGGUGUAGGAAACCGUCACCAACCCAACCAAACCUCCUAUCCUUCCCCGCCCCCCUCCCCCCAUGUUUUAUUGUUAAGACUGUUUGUUUUUUUCUUAUCUUAUAUAGCAGUGUUAUAAGCAUUGGUUAUCCAAUUCCACUAACAGACUUCCUGGAGAUAAUAUAUCAUUUUACAAUUAGAAAGCUGAAUGGUUUAAUGCUCCCUAAGAAGGACUGGAAUUAUUAUGAAAGUCUGUGGCCUCCAAUUCCAUCUCUUGGGAUGCAUCCUUACUGUGUGCAUCAUGAAGAUCUGAGCCCAUAUUCUUACAAACCGUGAGAGUCAGAAUUCUGAACCCCUGAUCAUACCAAGAGAGACAGGGAGGGAGGGGCCUGGAUUUUAGCUGAAAAUGGUGAGGUAUGGAUCAAGCAGACAUUUGGGACUGUCUGUGAUGGUUGAUGCUCUUGAGCCAAAACAGUGAAAUUUCUUAUUUUGUUGCUCAAAGAUGAUUGACUGCGGCAAAACAAAGAAUCAAGUAAACUGAUACUCUGGGAAUGUUAAAGGGGGUUAAAGACACAGAAUUAUUUUUUUUCUUACAAUGUGCUAAAUAUGUUAGCUAGCAGAUACUAUUAAAAAAAAAAUAAUGUUUUUAGUGGGUGCAGUUUAAUAGGAUGAUGUGGGUGAUCACUUAACUGUUGUCUAGUAAAAAAAAAAAAUGAUCUUAUGGGUUUUAGCCACUAACCAGUGAUUCAUAUUGCAUUAAACAUGUUGCAACAUUUAGUUUAAAAAUGUCUCCAAAUUAAAUCAUUGAAGAUAUUUUUUCUGUUGUGGCCUAAAUUUUCACCUGUAGUUGGAGAGAAACCAGACCCCAGACUGUAUCCUAGUUUGUUCAAACUAUUAAUAAGUAUUGAUAAACAAGCGCCCGUCUGAUCAGAACAUUUGCAACUGAUCAUUUUAAUCUGAACCAUCCUUUGUAGUGACUCUUCCAGAUGGCUAUAUCUGCACUUAUUUACCUGUAUAACCAUGGUAUUUCCCUGAAGGCUACAAGAUAUAGAUCUAUAUAUUUUGUCAUUUAAGCAUGCUUUGCAAAUUCUCCAAAAACAAAAGUCUUGUUGUAAAUAUAAAAUUACUUUUUAUUAAGUUUUAUGAUGAGUGACCAUCUAUUUUUGGAGAUUUAAAACCCACACAUCAAUAAGGCUAAUGGAUGGAGAUUGCAUAUAAUUUAUAAGAUGCAGUUGUGUAUCCCCUUCCCGCAGGUGUAAUUUCCCUUUAAAUAAAUAGGUAGUUGAAACGAGCCGGCAAAUAUAAAGAACCUGUUCGGUUCAAAUGCACCUACGCAGACAGGUGCUCUGCGGAUUGGAGUAUAAAAUUACAGCCAGGAGCCUGCUCAAUUGCAGAAUGCACUUCAGUCCUCGCUCAGUGAUUGUAGCAUUGCCGUGAUUCAAUUUGCCCCCUUUUUUUUUUUAACAUAUUCUCUAUUAUUCGCGUUUGUAUAGACGCCAACAAAUUCUGCAGCUCUUUAUUGUUUUCACAAUGGAGAUAUAAACAGACGAUUGACGAACAAUAUAACAAGGAGGUAAGGAGGACCUUGCACAAGUGAGCUCACAAUCCACCAACAUGCAGUAUUUCUUAUUGAAUACACUACAUUUAACAUUAGAUGCAGCACUUUUUUUCUAAUUAAGCAAUUCUUUUAUUUUAACAAAAGGAGUGUGGUUUUUAUUUUUUAUUUUUAGUUAAGUUCAUUAGACUAAGAACAUUACUAGGAAAAAAAAGUUGGUCAUUCACUGUUUCAUAAAUAAAGCCGUGAAGAAUUUGUGCUGGGUCUCUCAACUAUUUGGGGAUAAUAUUUUUUGGGGACUAUAAAGGGGUUGGCGACUGUCCUGUGCCAUGUAGCUCAACAUAUUGUUAUAAUGUACCUUUGCCUGCUUUUUGUUUUUGUGGAUUGUUUUUUUUACAAUUUAAGAAUUGCAGUUGCUGGCUAUGUUUGCGUCUCACCAGUUUUAAAACCUUUUUAUGACUAGUGUAAUUACUGUGUAUUAGUUUUCUUCUCCUCCGCAAGUAAUUUCCCUACAGCAGUCAUUUGUAACCCAUUGGGACCAAACACAGUGUUAUGCUAUUCCAUAGAGGCGUUUUUGUUAAAGGAACACUAUAGGGUCAGGAACACAAACCUGUAUUCCUGACCCUAUUUUGUUAAAACCACAAUCUAACCCCCACUUGCCCCGUAAAUCUAGCAAAAUCUUACUUUUAUUCCAGUCUGCUGCUAGAUCUGCCUGAUUGGCUGACCUCAUCAGAAGUGAUUCUCUUGGCCAAUCACAAUGCUUUCACAAAGGGAAGCAUUGGAUUGGCUGAGCUUGUUAAGGAGGCAGAUUGGGGGCAGAACCAGCACAUAUCAAACACAACCCUGGCCAAUCAACUUCUCAUAGAGAUGCAUUGAAUCAAUGCAUCUCUACGAGGAAAUUUCAGUGUCUGCAUGCAGAGGGUGGAGACAAUGAAUGGCAGGCACAGUGUGCAGCACUGACCACGGGAAGCACCUCUAGCAGCCAUCUGAGGAGUGGACAGUGGAGUAAUCACUAGGCUGUAAUGUAAACACUGCAUUUUCUCCAAAAAAGCUGUGUUUACUGCAAAUGGCCUGAAGGGACUGACAAUACUCACCAGAACAAAUGCAAAUACGCUGUAGUUGUUCUGGUGACUGUAGUGUCCGUUUAAUUAUAAUGGGCUCCACAAAUUCUUAAAACCCAGGUAACUGCCAAAGAGGUCUAGUUGCACGGUGAAAGCAGAGUGCUAGACUAUUUGGGUCAGUCUGGCAGUAGGAAAAGCAUAAUGAAGGCAAUUUAUAGUAUCUCGUUUAUUAUAUAUUAUUUAUUGCAAAUCAGUCACUGAGCUAAUUGUAAUGGAUGAAUAGAUUCUUUAAAUUGUGUGGAAUUUGGGUCCUUGGUCAAUAGAAGAAGCCUGCCAUAUUCUCACAUAUGCACAGAAGUACAUCAUUGUGGUCUAUGGAGGAUUCUGUGUGACCGCAGGAUCUUCUAUAAACCAACUCCUCGAGACGAUUACCCUUUUCCAUUGCUGCCCUUUGUCAGUCUUGUAGGAGCCACUUUACGAACCCACUGCUCGGUGCACAUUCUCAGACCGUCUAUUCCGUGUUUCCUUUAUAUAUCAUUUUCUCUGCUCCAGGCUUUCUCCACCACUGUGUCAAUCACCGAAAGCAGUCUAACUGGAAACCAUUUACUUUGUAACUGGGGAAAAAUGCAAUGCACAAACCUGACGGCUUUGUCAGCAGCAAUAUAUUGUAUGGGGGUAUUUGCACUGCUACAGCUUUACAGCCUCUCUGUCACUUGGAAGUAUGUCGUGAACAUAUACAGUGUUAUUCAAGGUAAAUUCAAAGUGAAUUUCAAAUUUAAGGUGACAGUAGAUGAACUGACAAAAUUCUGCCUGCUGCGCUUUCUACUCAGCAAUUCUGGCCUUAGAUUUAAAAUCUCCUGAGAAUUCUUACUUUAGUAAAUAUGUAUGAUCAUUUUUAUGAAGUACUCCUAUUGGCUGCAUUGGGAUGUUAUUGAAAUCGAACACAAACUGUAUGAUAAAACAAAUUAGAGACUACUUUGUCUUAUUGUUCACGCCCGAGGAUGACAUAACACAGCUCUUCUGUUGUCAAGUUCUGCUAAUUUGCACAGAAAGUGAUGGUAACGGCUAUGGGAAGAUACUUCUUUUCACACAUUGUGAGAUACGUUUCAUGGAGUAUCCUGUGGUCUAGCAAGAUCUUCCAUUGACGUCGCUGUUGUACUUUGCGCAUGAGCAAGGGUACAGCAGUGACACGGCUCCUGGUGGAUGACGUACAGGCCAAGCAGCCAUGUCACCUUCGGAGGUCGCAGCAAACUAUGCAAAGACCCCCAAAGUAAACCAGCUGCCUUAUAGCAGCAAUCAUUUUACCAGUUACUUCUGCCUUUUUUUAACGUUUGCUUUUAUCCUCCAGUUGUUUUAGCUGCUAACCACAAUUUUACUCAUUUCUCCAUUCUGCUGCAGGGCUCUUGUAGCUGCUCUACGCGUUUCGUCGAUCUGCCUUCUUCAGGAGCGUCUGAGGAAGUCGGAUCUUCGAAACGCGUAGAGCAGUUACAAGAGCCCUGCAGCUUUGGUAAAGCAGUCUUUUUCUACUUGUACACUGUUAUUGUUUUUAUUCUUUUUAGUAUACUUUGUGUAAUGUUUAGUCUGCAGCUUGUGGGAGAGUGACUUUAGAAUCUUUGCACUCUUGCACUUUGGCACAUGCACUUUCAAUACUAUUACAGUGACUUGUAUGUUCUAAGCUGCUGUCCAUAGGGGCUUUUAGCCAUAUUUGGCUUUUUAUAAAUACUUUGCGAUUUUGCAAUGUUGUGUGCUAUUGCUUAUUAUUUUUUUACUUGCAAUAAAGUGGAUGUUCUUUUUUUCAAUGAUUGUCUCUUCUAUCUAUGGGAGUCUCCAGAUUAAGUUAUAUUUAUUCUGUGUGAUUGUGGCGCCCUGUUUUCUCCGAUUUUUAUGUUCAGGAUUUUGUUGUAUCUAUUUAUAGAGGUUUGGGAGUGACCUCAUGACAGUGGCUUGCCUGCCUAGGUAAUUAUCUAUUUUACCACCCACCCAUCUACUUUUUGGUCUUUACAUGAAAAUGCCUGAAGGGAGCUAUUAUACUCACCAGAACAACUACAAUAAGCUGUAGUUGUUCUGGUGACUUUAUUGUCCCUUUAAAUUUAAAAAAGCUGCAUAUGUAAUUCUUCUAAUUCAAAUCUUUGGUGUAAUCGUGUAUGUAUCUAUAUUUGGAUAACGUUGUAUUAUCAUGUACUUCUGUAGUCCUUGUGCCGUGAUUAAUUCCCAUAUAACUUGCCUUUUACAACGUUUUAUUUCUUUAUUGUUUUUCCGGUUUAAAGAUUUCUCACGUCCACUGUUUGAGUGGCGAGUUUGACCCUCGGGCAUGCCUGUUUGUAACGCUGAAAGGCUUGUUCCCCAAUAAAUGUGCAGAAUCCUUUGGCCAUAUAACACUAAAUUGUGAUGAUGAAAUAAACGCCAGCUUCAUUGGUAAAUUGCAGUGAAGCAACGUCCAGGGCCCAAUAUAUUGUGUUUUUAUAGCACUACAUGACCCUAAGAACAAGUUCGACCUGUUUUAUCCUUAACUAAUGUAGUGACUUUAUGUAUUGACUGUGGAGAGAGCACAUCUGCGCCUUUGUUUACACCCCUGGAGCCGCCUGUUAGCAGAACACAUGAGGUUUUUAUCAUUUUUGUUGAAAAUAGACCUGCAGAGAAUGCGCAGUAUGGGAUGUGACGUCACGUGUGCGAUACCUCACCCAUGAUAGCACUGCGUGUAUGCACAUCAAUAUUCCGUGCAUUUUUCACCUGUCAGACCUUUCACACUGCCUUACAUUUUGUGUAUACAAUGUCACACCUAUGGCUGAUCAAGAUUCGCUUCCACACAGAUAAAACCCAUUAGGCUGGUCCAGAUUUGUUGUCCGUGGUAGCAGGGUGAUCAAAGAUUUUAUUUUGUUUGGAAUUUAUAAUAUAAACAAAAUAUUUAUAAAGCCAUCAAACGGUAUCCACCUACCUGAAUUCCUCAUAGAUUUUAAGCUAAUUUUAGCGAGACCUUCUUCACCCCUCAAACAUAACCGCUUUUUGGAAUUGUUAAGUUCUGCAGAAUCUAUUGGCACUAAUAAAAAUGUAUUAUUAACUUAAAUCACAGUAAUUUAUAACUGCACAAAUUGCUGUGUAAAUAGGGAAAUGCAUCCCAAAUACAUAGCUUUUAGAUAUAUCUUAAUCUUGUCUUAUUGGCUAACAGUACAGUGCAGGUUUAGUGUUAACCUGUUCUUACUGACAUACGGGGUUAUUGUCUGUACUAGCCUUGUGUGCGAAUGCUGGUACGAACUAAUCAAAUUCCAAUUAGUCUACGCCUGAGCAAAUCAAUCCACAGGGGAGUUACCUGUUGAGUCUUAUUCAUUGAAUAAUUGACUGCCUAGGCAAAUCCAGGACAGAUCGAUCCGUUCUGGCGGAGAUUAAGAGGAAUUUAAUUUGUUUGUAACCGCCGAAACACAUUUGUGCACAAGUCUAGUACAUACUGGGCUAGGACUGUGUUUUGUUAUACUGUUUCUCCUCUGUAACACUUGUAUGGCUUAGGUUAGUCGUUUUCUUUGAUCUCACUGCUGGUUACUACUAGAUUUUGCAGUGUUUAAUUUGUUACUCAGCAUGUCGAUAUAGCACUCUCUCCACGAGUGAUUAAAUAAAAUAAAUGUGGCCGGUAGAGCUCUCCAUUAUGAAGAAAACAUGCUGAGUGCCCCUCGCCAGCCAGUUUUCUUACUAUGGAUAUAAUGAACUUGGUGUAAUAACUGCGACUGAUCUGUCUGCAGAGAGUGUGACUUCUUAGUAAUCAGACAGAUCUCACUCGGCUGAUCAGCUCUCUGGGGCCACGCCGUUCCUGUGGAACUACCCAGCCACCAUUCCUUCUACAAAUCAUUAAAAACUCACUUUUUAAAGCAAGCCUAUCAAUUAACCAGUUAAUCGCUUUCCCUCUCCACACCUUGCUUCCUCUACUGCAAUUGUGUCAUCCAGAAAACAAACCCUUCAUUGUAAACUAUUCUAGUAACCUACUUUUUCCCGUACAUUAAAUACAUCCUACCCUUUCCUCUUGUGUCAAUAUCCCACAAUAUACCAUAUUCCCUUUAGAAUGUAAGCCUGCUUGCGCAGGUCCCUCAACACCCUCUAUUCCUGUUAAUCAAACUCGCUUUGUUCCAAAUACUGGUCUGUUAGUCCACCUAUUGUAAUUUGUCAAACCGUUUUUUUUUUAAUGUGGAUCCCACUGGUUGGCCAUAGCUCUUGCAUCUGAUUCUCCUGCAGAAAAAUCCAGUUGGCUUCACUGAACUAAGCAGGGCCGUACUUCCUGGCUGAAAGUGUCCGCUGAAUGCUCUGACAGUGGUCUUCUAUUGGCCAUGCUUAGUUGCUGAGAGACAUCCAACUUCUCCUGUAGGAAACCAUUGAAUGCAGUGCAGGGGACAUAGGCAAGUUUAGAAACUAUUCUAAAAUGGUUUGACAAAUUACACUGUAGCAGCGCCAGGGCACACAUUGCACAAUAACCACUACAGAGAGCCAAUUCAGGCUUGUUCUACUGUGCCUGUUUCUCUACGCAGGUAAAAAUAGGUUUAGCCGAUAUUAUAAUGGCAGAUCGUCUGAAUAUUUUAACUAGGCAGAUGUGUAUAUUGCUUUUUGUAAUCCUGUAAAUUUAAAUCACUUUGUUUUAUUUUUGCUGCCAAGCAUUUAGCAAUAAAGUGAAAACAGGAAGGGAGUGACAGAGAAAGGUCAUUUAAAUCUCGCUCCUCUCAUCAGGCUAGUUUUUUAAAUUGGUCUUUUUGCUUGGUGGGGUUGCUGCCAAAUUUGACAUGUCUCCUGGAAGUCUAGAUGGUCGCCCUACGAAGGAUAAUUGAGAAAAUUACCUAUAUUCUCUGUCUGAAGAGGUAACACAAUCUGUAGGCCUCAGAUAAUCCUAGAGACAGACAGCAUUUAAUAAAGCAAUUAUAAACCAUGUUUCUCAGUGUAAUCCGGCAGCCUUUUACAGGAGUCGUGAUCGCCAAGAGCUGAAGUGCAGGUCUCUAUCCAUCAUUGACCUAAAGUAAGCAGCUUGUGGCAUAUUGGUUCUAUGAACUGUCAGCCAGCCGUCGACUUACAGAGAAACUUGAGAGUUGUAGUUAUACAGCUUAUUGUAUUGUUCUGGUGAGGAGAGUCAUUCCCUCAAGGCUUUUUGCAGUAAACACUUUUUUCAGAGAAAAUGCACACUCACUGACAAACACACAUACAAACUCCUUGACAGGCAGGCAGACACACACACACUUUUUUCAGAGAAAAUGCACACUCACUGACAAACACACAUACAAACUCCUUGACAGGCAGGCAGACACACACACACUUUUUUCAGAGAAAAUGCACACUCACUGACAAACACACUUUAUUUGUAUUUUUUUAAUUUCACUCCACCCAGUCUCCCUACUUUGGGAGUGCUGGCAUGGAGUCUCUAUUUCUCUGGGGUCCAGUGGGGCUGCUGGGCUGAGCGACAGGGGUCCCGUGGAGCUGCUGGGCUGAGCGGCUGGCGUGCAGUCCCUGGGGUCCAGUGAGGCUGAGUGGAAGGAGUGCGGGCGGCAAGGGACCUGUGAUCUUUCUGAUCAGCUCUCUCGCACGCCUCUUGGUGAUGACCGAGUGACAUCAUAUUCAGGCUCCAGCAUCGCUGCUGUGCGCAUGAUGGAGCUGACCCGGAGAGAGUUCUUCCUCGCCGCCCAUGGCCAUUUUGUGUUAUGAAAUUUUGGCGGAACCCCAUUUGUGAAACGCUGGCUUAGGGCUACCUCCACUGGCCACUUCUCUGGACACUAGAGGUGCUUCCUGGGGCAGUGCUGCACAGUAUGACUGACAUUCAGUGUCUCCACCCUCUGAACUUUCCUUAUAGAGAUGCAUUAAAUCAGUACAUGCCUGUGGCUCAGCCAAGCCAAUGCUUUCUUAUGUAAAAAGCAUUGUGAUUGGCUCAGUACACCACUUCUGAUGAUGUCAGCUAAGCAUACAGAUCAGGGGCAGAGCCAGCAGGAGCAGACUUUAUUAAAGGUAAGAUUUUGCUAUACAUAGGGGGUAAGGGGGGCUAGAUGGUGGUUUGUGUUUCUGACCCUAUAAUGUUCCUUUAAUGACACAAGAAUGUAAAAGGCACCAACAAUGCAGUGCAAUUUUUAUGGCUUAGAAAGAGUAUUGUGUUUAAGUAAAGGUUGUGUAAAAAAAUACAUUUAUACUGUCUGUACAAACAUUUAAAAGAAAAUCAUCAGGCAUGUAGGGUGUACCAAAGACCUGCAGUAAGUAUUGGCAAAAAUGAAAUCAGCUAAACUUCUUCAUGUCACAGGUUUUCAGCUCCUCACUUUGCAAGUAAAGGUAUAAAAUUACAUAUAAAAAUACAGAGAGACACACACACACACGCAGACACAGACUGACAGAUAUAGAGACACACAGAUAAACACAUAUGCAGACCAAUAUAUACACUUUUGUAGCCACCCUCCAGUUUCCUACCCUUUGGGUGCUGGGGGGUGGCUUCCCUUGUGUCCAGUCUGCAGGCUGAGGAUGUUGGCUAUUGCAGCCUGCACCACAUCCUCUUCUGCUUUCUCUCCCGGCUCCUGUCUCUCACUGCCUGGCCCCCUCCUCACAGCUCCCCGCCCCCCCACCCCUCUCAUGCAACUUCGCUCUCUGGAAGGAAGUGACUCACGGCUCCUCCCAAGCUGCCGAUAAGCAAGGGGACACCCGAUGGACCACCUAACUGUGUGGGCCCGGUGCGACGUGGAGUCACCACCAGUGGUAGUUCUUCGCAGGCCCUCUGAAAGUUUUUGACGGGCUUCAAGUUGUGCAGGUCUGGUGUAGCUAUUACCCUAUCAAACUUAAAGGUUCACUGUACCAGCUCAAAAAUACUCUGAUUGCAAUCAAUAUUAACCUGUUCAUUUAAAUCCACCCUUGUCAAUCAAACUGCACUAGCUGAAGGCUCCUGCGCUGUCCAGGAUAAAAUCUCAGGAUAAACUAGUACACAAUUUGCACCACAAAACGAGUACCACUGACUUAUUGAUCACCCUAUGAACUCAAUAAUCAGCUAUAUGUUCAUGCUAAACAAGCAUCGGGGACUGCAGCUGUCCCGGAUUAUCGCAAAGUCCUACCUGUAGACAUUUUAACCAUUCGUUGUAUCUAUUCACCCAUUGGGCUAAUCUGCCUAACCCCAGAAUAAACAUGGAAAAGUGAGCUUAUUCUCUUCAAUCAAUGUCCUGUCCAGUAGGCAGGGUUUUAUAUACACUCACACUCAACCCCCCUCUCUGCCAAACUGGUAGCAUAGGUAUAAAUUGCAUUCCAACAUCUGUCUGCAGAGUGUUGGCAACAGAUGCAAACUACUUUCUAUGCAGACUGUGAAUCCAGAUCUCCCGCAUAGCUUUGUGAGAAGACCGUGCGUGCAUAAGGAAUUGCUGGCUAUAAGUCUUAAUAUGCUCAUAUUCAAAUAUUUUUAUAUGUAUUUAUUAUCAGUAUAUUAUAUGUACAGACUCGUUGGUGAGACUUUGGCCUGAAUUAUGUUGAGUAUGCGCAGCGAUGCUGCUAUUCGAAAUGCUCACCUAAACCAUAAUACAAAAUAGGUUAUUACUUAAAACCAUAAUCGCCGUAUUUAAUCCAUCAUUUAAAAGCGGUGCGUUCAUUGUUUGCGUGCCUACAGCUCAUUCACUGGCCAGCAUCUGAGACACGUGGAGUUUCUGACUGGUUCUCGAAGGCGGACAGGAUCAAUAGAUCGUGAACACAAUCUGCUAAAUUAUUUGGCCCUCAGGCAAUGAGCACUUUUCAUCUUACAUUUUUUUUCCAGUUGGUGAAAGGACCAGUGAAUGCAGUUGAAAGAUUUACUAAUUAAGAUCAGGGCCGUCUUUAAUAUUGAUUGGACCCUGGGCAAGCAUCUGUUUGGGCCCCCUGGGCAUGCAAUCACUCCCUCCACCCCAACCUAGAGGCGAAACUAAUGUAGAGAGUGCCUUGGUGCAACAAAAAAAAAAUCAGGCCUGCCCUGUAGCACAAGAGUAAAGAAAAGAAAGAUCCCCAUCUGUCAUACAACUCCUGCGAUGCUAUGCCAGCUGGGGAUCUACCAUCCUUGCAGGGUUGUAUUUUUGAGCAGGGCUUGUGCAAAUGAAUGUCAGCAUGUUAUUGUAUAGAGUGUAUGUGUGCAUGUAGGAGUGUAUUUGUAUGUACUGUUACCAUUGGAAUGCAGUGGUGUACUUGUGUGUAGUGUUUGCAUUUUAAUGCAGGGAUGUGUGAUUGUUUGUAGUGUUGGCUUUUAAAUGCAGGUGUACUUUUGUGUGUAGAGUUGGUGUUUGUAUAUAAUUUUUGCGUUUUAAUACAGGAAUGUGUUUGCAUGUAAUGUUUGUAUUUGCAUGCAGGGGGGUGUUUGGAUGUAGUGUUGUCUUUUAAAUACAUGUGUACAUUUGUGUGUAGUAUUAGUGUUUCAGCAAACUGGUGUGUUUGUAAUGUUUGUGUUUGCAGGGGUCUGUUUGCAUGUUGUGUGAUUUCUAUAACACAUAUACACAUACACAUUAACACGCAGAUACACACAUGCUCACACUGACACAUGCUCACAUCUUGACACAUACUGGCACAUAAACAUACACACACACUCAGAUACACACCCUUUGACACACAGAUACAAGCACUUUGAUAUACACACACUGACACACACACACUGACACAGGUAUAUACACACACACUCAGAUACACACAUACAUAAAGGUAUAAAUGCAGGGGUAAAUAUGUGUACAGUGCUAGAGAUGGAAUGUAGGAGUGUAUUUGUGUUGGCAUUAAAAUGCUGGGAUGUAUGCAUUACCGCACACUUACACACACACCAAAACACACAAACAGGUGCACAUACAGGUGUAUGAGGUAUGCAUACACACAGAAACACUGACACACAGACAAACACAGCCAGAUACACACAAGGACAUAAACACAGCCAGAUACACACAUAUAUAUGUGUACAUUUACAUAUUUUAAUCUCUGCCUUCUAGCAGCUCUAGGACAGCAACUCCCAGCAACCUUGGCCAAUAUAAUGUUUCAACUCUGUUCUUACAUACCCUGGUCCAGAAUUUGGCAAAAGUGACAUUUGGAAAUGGUAUACAGCCUUUGAUAACACUUGAUGCAAUAAUAUGUUAAAAUAAAUACUUUUUAAAUUUAUAUUUAAUAGGGAACUGUCAGGUUCUUCUAGGAUUUUUAACAUGUACUUAUUCCCCGUGUGUUACAUUACAAACACCAACACACUUAAAUAAAAGUGAUAUCAGAAAUUAGCAAAACAAAAAACAAAACAUAUUUAGCCACCCUCCUGUCUCCUUACCUUUUGGGUACAGAAAGGUGGCUUCCCUGGGGUCCAGUGGGAGCUUGCUGGCCCAGGCUGAUGGGAGUCUGCCAUUAGCUUUCUCAGUCCUUCUCCCCCACAAUGCUUGCAUCCUCCUCCAUGUGGUGUGUGCCUCCUCCCCAGCGGCACUGAGGAGGAACUGAUCAGUUCUUACUGGGAGGAAGCAGUCUGACCUCACUGCCUCCCAGCAUGCCCAGGAAACAAAGAGACUCACAGGGCAGUAUGUGAGGGGGCUAGCUGUGAGUAUGUAGUCAGCCACCCCCCAUAUAACAGGGGCCUGGGCCGGUCCAGAGCAGUAUUAAAGGGCUGUGGCCCCUGAUUACCUCAGGUGCCGCAGGGGGCCCAUGGGGCAGCUGCCUUAGGGCCCCCAGGAGUAACUUGGCCCGGGGCAGCUGCCCCUUUUGCCCCUCCUUAAAGACGGCCCUGAUUAAGAUGAUGCAAUACUUCUGCAUCACCAUCUUCCGAAAUAUCUAUCUAACCAUGAUUCACUGCAUGCACAAGCAAGGGAUACUGUGGGUUUUAUGUUGCUUACAGUGGUGUUAAAAGGCAGACCUUUUAUUAAAGGCAUCAAACGCAUUUAAAAUAUACAACAUUUUGGACACUAUAGUCACCAUAACAACAUUAGCUUAAGAGGCAGUUUUGGUUUAUAGAUUAUGCCCCUGCAGUCUCACUGCUCAAUUCUCUGCCAUUUAGGAGUUAAAUCAGUUUUAUUUCUGUUUAUGCAGAGGUGCAUGAAAAAAUGGUUUCAUUUUCAGUCAGAUCUUAACUUGCUAUAGAAGCUUUUUUUUUUUUUUUCAUGCUCUGUACAGUGAACUUUAAUCACAUACAGGAGGCUCCUUCGUGCUCCAGCAGGCUAUGAACAGAUAAGAAAUUUUAAAUUAAACAGAGUGUGCAAUAAAGUUUAAACAUUAGAUCUCUCUUUAAGGAAGUGUUUAGGCUGUGUAAGUCACAUGCAGUGAGGAGUGACAAGGGCUGUAUAAACAAAGUGAUUUAACUCCUAAGUGGCAGAGAAUUAAGCAGUGAGACUGCAGGGGCAUGAUCUAAACGCCAAAACUGCUUCAUUAAACUAAAGUUGUUUUGGUGACUAUAGGGUCUCUUUUAAUCACAUUUCUCUUCGGGCGCAACGGUAAAGCAGAAGUGUAACUUGCACGUUAUCGGUGUCCGUUCCAGUCGACCUUGGAUAUAUUAGAAGGGUGGAAGUGUUACUUUUGUAUUGCAGCCACAAACUAACACCAUCUUAACUGGUUUAUAACUUCUUGCCCAUGUUAAAUGCAUUUUCAAACCUGCUCCUCUCGCCCCUUAGAAGUCUAAGGACCACCUGCAGCACCAUACUCUGCUCUCAGUCCUUAGUAUCCGCAAACAUGUGACAGCUCCGAAUGUUUGUCUGUGCUAUAAAUUUGUAACCUUGUAAAGAUUUGUAUUCUUUUAGUGUUCCAGGACAAACUGGGAAAACUAGAUGAAUCUCAAUGUAUCUGUCCUGAUAAUAUUAUUUUCCUGUCCUCGUUUACUGUUGGUGACCUCAGUCCAUCUUCCCAUUAUACUGGAGUACUAAGCCCUUAUUACAGGGCUCCCGGUGUGUCCUGUGGGUUUGUCUGCACUGGCCCACUUAAGACCCCAUUAAGGCGGACGACUGAGCUAUAGAGGCGGUGGAGAGGGAGCUGCAAUAUCUGAGCUCUUCUUCCUCUGCUCCCUGGCCUUUCGGGGACACCGGGAUAUGACAUCACUCCAGCACAGCAUCACUAAACGGCGAAUUAGGAAGCAGGUAGACUGGACCCUAGGGAAAUUAUCCACUCCAGUUCUCUCAAAGGUAGAGAGACUGGUGGACGUAAAUUGAAAUGAAUAAAUAAUAACGUGAGUAUGUGAGAGAAUGUCUGUCUGUUUAGGUGACUGCCCCACCUCCCCUCUCCCUCCGUUUGCAUGGUCCUGCCCCCAUGACUGAGGUCUGAGGUAAUCAAUCUUGAUGAUCUUGGCCAAUUCUACGCUUUCCCAUUGGAAUACACAGAGAGGCUAUUCCACAUGCACUGCAAAACGUGGUAAUAGGGAAGUUCAGCGCCUCCAUGCAGAGCGCGAAGACGCUGAACGUAGGUGCUGCACGCUGUCUAGUCCUUCAUUAGGAAGCAGCUCUAGUGGCCGUCUGAGUGACUGUCACUAGAAGUGUUACUAGACCGCAAUGGAAUCACUGCUUUUUCUCUGAAAAGGCAGUGUUUACAUUGAAAGUGUGCAGGGACAAGCUAUAGACACCAACACCACUACAUUAGGCUGUAGUGGUUCUGGUCACUUUAAGAAUUGUAUUGUUCUUGUUGAAAAUAAAACUUUGUUAGUUUGAAAAAAAAAAAUAAACUUGGCUCCUAACUUUAAAAAAAAAAAAAAGCAAAUUUGUCAAUCUCUGCCUUAUAAGAAAGUUGGCUCCCAGACCUAGCUGUGCCCUUUUAUAUGGGAGGAUCCCAGAGGGCGGCACGGCCUAUUUUGGAUUUACUCAGUGACCUCAUCUCUUUGUGCAGUCUGGGUGCGGUGUGUGUCUGUGUGCUCUCUUGCUAAGGGCUAUUUUUGUUCAUAGAAAAUGAAUAUUAAGCUUUUAAUGUAACAGCUACUCUAAAUCUGUAUCCUGAAGCCAUAAUACCCUCUGCAAACUUACUUCACCCAUAGGCGUUGUUUUAAUGCGACACUGUGUUAUUUCUGCUUUAACUUUGCAGGGAAUUUAUAUAAUUUGAGUGGAAAAGUGUGGUUUUUGCAUUUUUGGAAAUGUUGAUGAAUUUCUCAGUGAUUCUUCUAUGCCCUGACGUGCCUGUCUAUUAGAAAACAAAAUGUCAGGAAUCAUUUCUACUACCAGUCUGUUACAUUCUGUGCACCCACUGCACUGUAGCGGAAAUGAAAUGGCAAAGAAGGGCACUUAUGAAUAUUUGUGUAGGCCCCAGGCCCCCAUCACUACUGGAAGUAGCGUUUUUAACAGCCAGGAAAGGAAUAUCUGUAAACGGAUUUAUCCAGGCUGUCUCCCUGGCACAGAAUGAGAGCCCAUGAAUGUAUGUGCAUGCGCGGGCCUGCACUCUGUUCUACAAAAUGAAUAAUGGUCCAACACGCUUUCAAUGAACUCUCCGUUUUAACACAUCAAGAUGAUGGAAGACAAGGUUUCGGCCGAAUACCUGGCCUUUGUAAAGUUCUGUGUUGUGCAGAAGUCAUUUUAUGUAUCUACUAGAAUACGGUUAUGGGGUUCUUGCAAUGAGGUAUUUAAAUGGAGUGUUUACCUCUUGUAUGUAUGUAUCACUCGCUAUUCUGGGCAUGCCAGAGACCUGUCUGGGAUGAGCGAUCUGGGCCGCCAGGGUACAUAUCUUGUAGCCCUGCCACUAAACCGCGAGAAAAAGAUUCUCUCGCAGGAUGUGCAGAGCUGUCAGUCACCCAGGGACCUGGGUUUAGCAGUUACUUCACACCUUGCAACCGCUCCACUUACAGCCAUUACAUUAUUACAGAUACUAUUAUUGACACUCCACUGUCCAUUUAAAAAAAAAAAAAAAAAAUUAACCCUAAAAGUUCACCUUAUUUUUUAGCUAUCUUGCUACUUAUUUCCUACAGGUUUAUUAGCUGAAUGUUUGAUCAGUUGUCAUAAGUGAUAUGCACAACUUCACUUUCCUGCCAUAGUAUAUCUAUUUUAAUAAUACAAGCCUUCUUACUGGCUGCCAUUGGCCUAGAUGUCAAGGCUUUAAUUAAAGGGACACUAUGGUCACCAGAACAACUACAGCUUAUUGUAUUUGUUCUGGUGAGCAUAAUCAAGUCCUGCAGGCCUUACACAGUAAACACUGUCUUUUCAGAGAAAAGGCAGUGUUUACAUUACAGCCUAGGGAUACUUCCACUGGCCACUCAUCAGAUGGCUACUAGAGGUGCUUCCUGGGACAGUGCUGCACAGUGUGACUGACAUUCAGUCACCUUCUGCAUGCAGACACUGAACAACUUUCCUCCUAGAAAUGCAUUGAAUUAAUGCAUCCCUAUGAGGAGAUGCUGAUUGGCCAGGGCUGUGUUUGGCUUGUGCUGGCUGAUGAUAAUGUUUGUGCUGGCUGAUGUAACAGAUUUUAGGUAUUUAUUUAAAUGUUGAAUGCAGCCAGUUUACAUCACAAAUAAGGUUACAAAAAUGUACCCGGCUAAUCAGGGAAAUCAGGUUAGUGUUGCCAUAUUGCCAUGUAAACAGGGCUUGUUACUGGGUAAAACACAGCCUGAAGUCUGUAUAUCGGUUUGGUAAACAAUUGUCCCUUAUUGAUGUAGAGAUCCUGCAACAGUGAGAUAACCCUGUCACGGACAAUGAAGACUAAAAGUGUUUAAAAAAACAAAACUUGUUAUCUUAACAAUUAGCAUAAUAUAUAAACAAUUGGUUUUAUUUUAUUUUUAUUUUCACAUAACCUACUUUUAAAGGGGUACUACAGACCUAAAAUUAAGCAGUAAGCGCCAUGUUAUUUCGUGAUUUUCUUUCAGCCUAUAGGCCACCAUUGACGGUGAGCAUUAUAGAUAUAUUUUUUUCCUGGUGCCUGUAUUUUUGUUUUGGGUUUUUUUUUGGCGGGGAAGGGUCAUUGUUGUUUUUGUGUUUUGUGUGUUGAAUACAAAUACAUUUUGCACCUUAGCAAUACCCCAUUAUAAGUGUUGCAAAAAUCUUUAUUUCAAAUGUACAUCUGUCCAAAUCCCAGAAACAGGCAUUCCAUUCAUGCAUGAAUACUAUUUUCUGAUGUCUGUUAGAACUCCAUUAACCAGUUUUGAGUUCUGUGACUGCCGUCUGUCAUCUCUCGGAUACUGUGCUAAGCAACAAAAUUACUAGGUAUCUGUCCAAGCCGCCACCAGCAUGACAGCCCUUCAUUAUUUUUAAGUGAUGGUAAUUCCCCUUUAAAAACAUUUUAAAAUGGAACGGGCUCAAUAGCUUUUACACAAAAUAGAUUUGUCACAGGGGUGCGGGCUCAUGGUUCGGACAACAAUUCUAACGCGUUAAAUAUGGAAUUUUGAUCUACAUCAAACCUCCCAUAAUAAAAUUCUUCUAAAUCUUGUUUGUUGUUUUGCCUUUUUAUUUCUUUCUACUGUGCCCUGUAUACCUCCUGAUGGUAAAGUUCAUUUAUUGUUUCUAUGAUACAUUGUCCUCCUUGCAUUACUUGGACCCAGAAUGCUCUCAGAGAAUGCUCCUAAUCUGAGCUUCUGAUUGGCUGUUGACCUUGUAUCUUUUAGUAACUGAGUGUUUGUAAUACACCCACACCCUUCUCUUCCACUCACAUUCCUUUUCUGGAUACCUAGCCACUCGCCCUCUCCUUGCUGUUUCUACUUUGGCCCAAUAAUUAAAUGUUGCCAUUCUCCUUGCCGUUUUGUUCUCAUGCCCUGCGCAUGCUGGGUUUUUAAUCCUAGCGUCCUGUCUGCAGGCUCAUUAGUAACCUUCACACACACUUGCUGCUGCCAUUGAAGCGUGGAGCCGUGGGUGUGUCUGCAGGAUGUGUGGGGAAUGUGUAGGAGACUGUGUGCCAAGUAUGUGAGAUCUGGCAGGGCUAUGCUUCCUGCUCCAUGCUUACUGCCCAACUGUUACCUUCACUAAAUACUGUGCUGGGGAAAUCUCACAUCAGGACGAACCCUGCACUCCCUAAUCUUCACUUUUACACACCAUCACCACCAUAACCACAUACCCUCCACCUCUCAUUUACUAAAACUCACGUCGGCUUACCACCAUAACCACAUACCCUCCACCUCUCAUUUACUAAAACUCACGUUGGCUUACCACCAUAACCACAUACCCUCCACCUAUCAUUUACUACCACCAUAACCACAUACCCUCCACCUCUCAUUUACUAAAACUCACGUUGGCUUACCACCAUAACCACAUACCCUCCACCUCUCAUUUACUAAAACUCACGUUGGCUUACCACCAUCACCACAUACCCUCCACUCGCCCAAUUCUGCACUCACUAAUUCUCACUCACCCAGGCAUCAUUUAGUCGCAUUCACACUUCCACUCAGCUUAAUGUUACCUAAUCCUCACACUCGCCAAAUCCCCCUCUCCUAUCGGUUAUUUGAUUAUCUGUCCAUCUCUAUGUAUUUUUCCUCUGUAUUGAUCUUCCUUACAUGAUUUCCACGUCCCUUGGUGUCACUUUAUUUUUGGUUUUGUUUGAAUUAAAACAGAUAAGUUGAAGUAAGGGCACUAAAGGUAUAUAAUCCACUGCCUGGAGAGGCUGCACUGCCUCGUUUAACUUAUGGACACCAUCAAAGAAGGAUAAAAGCCACUAUGUUCAAGAGUAAUAAUUUGAUCCAACGAGAUGUCUGAUUUCUGAAAAAUGCUCCUCUGCUGUGUUUUAUAGACCGUGUCCCAUCAUCCCUCCAUGUCAUUUCUUCACACACAAUGCAUACAUUUACAUACUUGUUUCUGUCCAGAGUUUCUUAACAAAGCCCGCUUGUAUUCAGAACUUGGUAGCCAUCCAAACCCCUUUCUUAGCCCAUCUGUGGCCAUAUUUUCCGCAUCCUUACCAGCUUUGCAAUAUUAGUGUUUUCAUUUUGGUCUGUGUAUGUCAUGUCAGUAAAUGUUGGUUAAAAUCUACUUUAUAAAACAUUGUCUCCACUGCUGUGUUAACCUGGACAGAAAGCGUUGGGCUGUUUGUUAAUCAGCCGUUUGGGAAUUCUGAUCUCUUUGGAAUUAUGACGUUUCUGUGGUUCUGGUGUAGUCUCUCCCCUCCCUUUCUUCCUUCACCCUGUCUGUGUUUUUGGCUGUCUCAUCUCCUUCCCUCUCUCUCUCCCUCCCUCGUUCAGUGAGUCACUUUCACUCUGUCUAACUUGUUCCACUCUUUUUCACAACAUGUUCAUUGUUAAUGUGUAACUUAAAUGCUACGAUUUUGUUUCUCCAAAUAUAUUUAUUUAUCUAGUCUCAUGUUAAAUUGCAGCUUUUCUUCUGUUUUGUGUUAAGUCAUUAGUGUCUAACCUUUGGCACACUGUGCCUGACAUGCCAAACAUUAGCCCUCAUUGUUGCUCAAAGCAUGGCUCCUGACCGUUUGCGGAAAUUCGAAUACAACCAUUUUAAUAUAUUGUUUCUCUUUUCACUAGGCUGGUAGUGAUGGUCAAAGCAUUGGGAACUGCCCUUUCUCCCAGAGGCUGUUCAUGGUUCUCUGGUUAAAAGGAGUUACGUUUAACGUCACCACGAUUGAUAUGAAGAGGUGAGAGAAGAAAACGUUAACAUGUAUGUGAUAUGUCCUUCUCUUUAAUCACUCGGUCUCUGUGACUCUGUCCUCUCGUGGUUUUCCUCCUAUCUCUCCCAACGCUCAUUCAGUGUCUCCUUUUCUAAUGGUACCUCCUCCCCUCGUCCUGUCUCUGUUGGAGUCCCCCGAGGCUCUGUCCUUGGUCCCCUUCUAUUUUCUCUUUAUACUGCCUCUCUUGGCAAACUUAUUGCCUCUUUUGGAUUCCACUACCACCUGUACGCUGAUGACACCCAGAUAUCUCUCUCCUCCCCGGACCUCUCCCCUGCCGUCCUGCAACGUGUUACUGCUUGCCUUUCUUCUAUCUCCGACUGGAGUCCUCCCGCUUUCUGAAACUCAAUCUCUCUAAAACUGAACUCCUUGUCUUUCCUCCUCCUAAUACUGAUCCUCCUCUCUCGCUCUCCCUUUAAGUUAGUGGUACCCACAUAAGUCCAUCCUUGCAAGUACGCUGUCUUGGCAUCAUACUUGAUUCUGGUCUCACUUUUGAGCUUCACAUCCAGUAUGUUGCCAAAUCCUGUAGAUUCCAUCUUAAAUACUUGGCCUGCACCGGCCCCUUUCUUAAGCAAGAUGCUACCAAGGAGCUUGUCCAUGCUCUAGUAAUUUCCCCCAUGGAUUAUUGUAACCCUCUCCUAAUUGGUCGUCCCAAAAGCCGUAUUGCCCCGCUACAGUCUGUAAUAAAUGCUACCGCCAGACUGAUUUCCCUCUCUAGUCGGUUCUCACACCUCCCCCGCCCCCCCAUCAGUCCUUACAUUGGCUCCCUGUAUCCAAUAGGCGUCAAUCCAAAGAGCUAACCCAUACCUAUAAAGCACUGAAUAAUCUUAGCCCCUCUUAUAUCUCCUCACAGAUCCACAGGUAUGCCCCUUCUCUGUCUCUCCACUCUGCCCCUGACCACCUCCUGUCCUCUCCUCCCACCCGUACGGCCAACUCACGCUUGCAGGACUUCUCGUGGGCGGUUCCCUUCCUAUGGAAUAGCCUGCCUACCGCCUUUAGAUUCUCCCCUAGUCCAAUCAGGAGCCUUGCGUUCUGGUGUAUGGGGACUGAUCAUAGUAGAGAAUUGAGGGUUAAGUAGUUUAUCACUGGCACAUACGAUGACUGAGAUUGCUUUAUUAACUGAUGGCAGACAUUCUGCGGCUCUGUUGCUUGUGUUGCAUGCUGCAUGUACUAUACGCACAAUUUGAUAUAGGGCAACCUGCAGCUAUUUCCGAGCCCAGAUGCGCUGUGAUAGAUCGGCAUUGAUUUUUACCAACUGCGGCCAUUACUCUCUGAAACGAUAGUGAGCUUGGGGUGCUCUAAUACAACAUGCUGCUUAGACUGACCCUUGAAACUCCCCCUUAGCUACUCUUCCCCUUUCCUUUCUGUUUGCACUUUCUGUCAGGGCAGACCUGCCAAGAUUAUAUAGUGAUAGGGCAUGGCAAGGAAAGCGAGAGAGGGUGUGUAAAGAUUAGCCCUGUUUGCCAAGUUUGCCAAAGAGAUAUGUAAGGAGCGAGGUGCGGUCUGGAGAUCUGUACGUUCUCAUACAGCGGGGUAAACACACAUUGUCAGGCAUACAAUGUCUCAAACAGUGUGUCUAUUCUUGGCCUGCUUGUAUUUAAAGCAUCGAAACUGGCUAAAACACUAGAGGAGGCGAGACAACUUGGCCGGGGAAAUGUGAGGUGUUGUUACCAGACCAUGUUUAUUAUUUAGAACAGACGGGCAGAAACCAGUUGUAAAGUUUCAGACUUGAUGCAGGAGCUGGGAAGGGAAGGCAACGUGGUACUGGCACGAUGGGUGUGGUGGGAGGUGCAUUACAGCCGCAGGGAGACCUAUUACUCACCGUUACUGGAUUGGAUAACUAAAAGUUUAAACACAAGCCUAAGAGCCAACAACCUAACACACAUCUGCUUUAAGGACCUGAGCUUCUACUUCAAAAAGGAGUGCCUUGUGCAAGAAUCAGUCACUGCGUGUGAUGUUCUAAUGUUAACAACAUUUAUAGUGGUUAAAAAAAAUAGCUUUAAUAGUUCCUAAUAAAUAUCUGAAAAAGCAGCAUGUGUUGUAAUUAUUUCUGGGAUUGUAAGAAAAAAUGCUGGCGCAAUAUAAAUCAUUUUUAUUGGACGUGGCAGAGAGGCUUCCACUAAGAGAUCUGUUUAAAAAUAAUAAAAUUGAAAGGAUAUUUGAAGGCGUGGUACAUUUUGAACACCUCUUGUAUGCCAGUAAAAUAAGAUUUGAGGCUGUUUUAUAAUUCACUGCCAAGGUUAUUCAUAAAAGCAGGAAUUGUCGGGAAUUGUACCAUUUUGGCCAAACUAACGAGCUUGGAAAAACCUCUCCCGGUCGGCGGUACUUCCUGCUGAUUGACCGUGGCUUCAGCCAUUUACAAUAAAAACUUUUUUUAAUGCAGUUUGUUAAAACCGUUAUGUACGAAGCAAGUUUGGCAGUAAGUAGCAAGUCCUGUUGCUGUCAUAGAGAGUUCUUUCCAAAUGUACCCAUUCUAAAUUGGGAAACAAAACAUCUUCACAUUUGAUUUAUUCUUUAUUAAGUAUCGCUCUUUCAGAUCCCACCCAUACCUUCUCUGACUAUUUUCUUAAAGGCUUACUCCAAGCCUGAUGGCUGUUACAGUCAUUUGAAGUUGUUAUGGUGCUUGGAGUCUUUAUGUGCUGCGUUUCACUAUGAAACAUUCUACAUACGGAGUUUAACCCAUUUGAUGCUGGAUGUGUAACUUUACCUCCGGCAGUAUCAUUUGGGUGUAAUUAGCCAGCUCAAGAUAUUCGGGCUGGCUAAUGUCAGUUCCGUGAUGACGCCCAACGUCAAUUGGAUGGCUGCCCAUCCUACCCCUCAUCCUGUCCCCCCCCUGCUUUAUUAUUAUUAUUAUUAUUAUUUUUUAAUUUUUUUAUAUUUUGGGCGUCGGGAUAGGAAGGGUUACUCUAACUGAAAACAAUGUUUUCUUAAAACCAUUUUUUUUUUUUGUUGGAGUAACCCUUUAAUUUUAAAGUGAAUCAAUGUUAGUGUUUUUGUUGACCGGUUUUUGCCUACUAUUGUGUGUCUAUUUUCACUCACGUGAAAUCUAAUGAGGUAGAAAGAAUUAAAUAUGAUCGAAACUUGCAAACUAUGUGCUCUGCGAUUGUCUCCCUUUUCACGUUAAAACUGCCUCAACUCAGAAGUGUUUUUAAGAUUUGUCGUGGGCCGGUCUUGAAUCUCUGCCAUACGUUCCCCCCUGUAUUAAAUUCUGUGCUGGGGGGGCACGGAUAUUCCCAUAAAUGAGAAUUGUCAGGAUUUCUAAUUUUAGUGGAAAAUGGCCAAAAUUGAAAGAUUCUCCACGUCCCCUGUGUUUCCAAUUCUACUACUUUGGCCUUAAAUGUAAAUUUCACUUUGAAAUCCUGACCAUUCUCAGGCAAUGUCUGGCAAUCGAUAAGGUGGGUCACGUAACCAUAUUUGACCUCUGCAGUGUGUGUGUGUGGGGCGGCCAAUGUCAGGAUAGUUUAUAGGUAAGGUUAUUAUCAUUCUGGAAAUAAAAAUGUCUUUCCUGAAUACCAGGGUUUAUUCUUUUCCUGUGCCCUACACAGUAUCACCCCGCCAUACUGUAACAAGCUUCUCUCAUUGUUGAAAUAAUCAGGUGAAAACUCUGUGACUUCAAAGUUGAUUUUAAAUUUCCUUUCCGGCAGUUUUUUCCUUAAAGGGACUCUGUAGUCACUAUAAGCAUUUCAUCUCUUUGAAUUGGUUAUAGUGCCUGGAGUGCCCUGGCAUUGUCCCUCCAUUCAGUGUUGAACCAUAUUCGUGCAGUAUUCCACAAAAUAAGAGUCCCUGGCCACCCACAGUCCGGCCCCUUCUGUAUGUGUAGCUAAGGCAGAGAUUACACACUUCCUUGUUGUCAUACCCAUUCAUACCAUCAGUUGGAACUCUGACAGGCUAAAAGCAGUCAGCUGACACUCUCAGCCAAUCACAGCUGCCUAUUGCUGCUCAGGCUAAUACUUCCUUAUUAGCCAAAGCAGCACAGAGGGGAUGGAUUGCCGGGGACUCUUGUUUAGCAUUAAAACAUUACAACUUUAAAAACUGUUUAAUGCUGAAAGAAAUGAUGGGACCAGAGGACUCCAGACACUAUAACCAGUGUCCCUUUAAAUUUUUAAUUUCACAUUGAAUUCUUAGUUUAGUGACUAACCCUGAAUGUCUCCCCAUAAUCCUUGCAGUGAGCAUCAUGUUCUGAAGUUAGGACUGCACGGACUUGGGUCUUGUUCCUGUUGUUUUGGUCUCAUCUGACCGCAUUUUCCACAAAGCUAAGGCGACAUCGAGAGACUUAGAGUCUAAGCUAUUUAUAAUUUUCUUGAGCAAAAAAAAACCACUCACUUCUCCUUGUUUCUGUUCAUUCAGAAAGCCAGAUAUUCUUAAACAUCUUGCCCCGGGUGCUCAGCCCCCAUUCAUGGUAUACGGGACUGACGUCCGAACAGACACCAACAAGAUAGAGGAGUUCCUGGAGGAGACCCUGAGCCCACCAAAGUAAGUAGAUUGGCAUCUUCCCCAUCUUUGCCAGUGCUUCAUGAGGAGUGACCAUAUACAACUAUAUUAUAUAACAGAAAAUAUAUAAAAAUAAAAUAUACUACUAUUACAGCGCAAAAUCUCCAAAGCUUAGUGACACCCUAUAAUAUAAACAAACUAAAAAUAAUGGCGUAGCUCUGUUGAAAAUUUUAAUAUAAUCUUCCUAUGGAAACUCUGUGUUUGGAGAUAUAGAUAUAUAUUCUAGCCAUGUAAUAAAAUAAAGCCAAUUAACCCCUUAAGGACGAAACUUCUGGAAUAAAAGGGAAUCAUGACAUGUCACACAUGGCAUGUGUCCUUAAGGGGUUAAGAUGCAAUGAUCUGGGCAGUUUAAACAUAAAAUCUGCCGAGGCCAUUGCACCUUAAAUGGCUUUAUUUAAAUACAUUGCUCUUGAUUUUAUAUAUAUACAUUGGUGUGUACUUUCCAUAUCUAGAUUGUAUUUUCGACAGUGUUACUCUGUUUUUUAAAAUUUCCUUAUAAAAUGAGGAAUGGCUGAUGGUAGACUUAGGCAUUAAUUUUUGGACAAACACGAUUUCGUACAAAUUUUGCCAGUUUGGCCAUUUGUCUGAAAGACGAAUGAACAAAUAGAAAUUACAACCAAUGAAACGAAGACAGAAUUGCUUACUGGAAAUUUCAUCCGGCUGGCUCGCAGCUCCAUCGCUCCAUCCUUGUAAUAUUUAAAAAUAGAAGCAGCGAGUAUUUGUGCUUUUUGCUGCUUCCUAAACCCUCCCCCAUUGCUCCCCCAUCACCAUAUGGAGGUCAAAAUGACCCCCAUAUUAGUAUAAGGGAGGUUAAAUCCCGCUGCUGUAAUUAGAGGCAGUGAGCAUCCAGUGGGCUCUAGAAAAGACUAGCAUAGCUGCCCAGUUGCCAAUCCAAUUCCCAUGCCCCCAUGGUCUGGCAUCUAUUUAAAUAAUUAACUGGGGGGAACAUAGAGUCCCAAUGUGCCCCCACCCAUACCCCGCAAGUAAGUGCUAUUAAACUAAACAGGUAUCCGCCUCCUGCCCCCACCAUUGGCAGCGAGUGGAGGACAUAAAUUAUAAUGGGGGGGGGGUACCUAUUGUAGUUUUUAUUACAUUUUUCAAGUGGCAGGAGGAUAAUGGGUCCACCCCCACUUUAUUAUUUAUGGCCUCCACCUGCCGCCAAUGGGUGGGGUUUAGAGACAAAUAAUUUGAGCCCCCACCCAUGGCUACUUGGUCCCCCCCAUUUAGUUUAAUAGCACCCACCCAUGGUGGAUGGGUACAGUUAAUUAUUUAAAUAGAUGCCCCAUCAUGUGGACAUGGGGGACCUGUGCCAGGGCCCCCUUUGUUGGAUCAGUUACUGGGCAGAUUUUUGUUAUGACCGUGAGCAGCCACUGGCUGCUCGCAGUUUGUAGAUAUGUCUCUAUGUACUAAAAUUGCAAACAAAAAAACCUUCCUUCUUGUAAUUUUGGUCUCUCUCUGCUUCUUAGUAGAUAGCUCCCUAAUACUUGUGGGAUUGCCAUAAAGUACCAAAAAGGAGUUAUCUACUAAACACCGCUCCCUUAUUUGGUACCCAUAAAUAUGGCAACCCCUGAAGGGCAUCGAUUUAGGGAGUUGUCUGCUAAAUAGCUGGAAGAUGCAGCUGGGGCACGGAUUGUAAUUUUAUUAGUCCGAAUGAAGUUCCAAAACGAAAAUAAUGGCUGAAUUUCGUUCAAAAGCGAAUGAACAAUUGAACGAAAUUCAGUUCAAACGAAACUAAACUUUCUUCAGCGCCCAAGUCUAGCAGAUGGUACAGUACAUGGGAAAACAGAGCCUCCGGCUGGUUAGACUGUGCAAUUAAAUCUGUCAGUAUUGUGUAAAACAACAUACUUGGGGAUAUUGCCAAACUCUCAUUCUAAAGACAUGCAAAGCAUCAUGGGAGUUGUAGUUUUGCAACAUCUGGGGAUCUACCUUUUGGACACCCCUGUUUUAGGCAAAGCAGGAUAAACCAUAAGGUGGACUUAGGCAGCCGCCCAGGGCCCUGGGGUUCGACAUGGGCACUGAAUAUAAUGUAAUGCAUUCGGCAGGGCCAUUCACUAAGCUGUGCAAAAUAUGAAUGAGCAAUAUGUGGCUAAAUAUUUGGUAUCAUUUUGGGUAGGACCGUGAGUAAGACUAAGUACAUGCUUCUCUUUUUCUGUUAGCAAUUCUGUUGCAGUUCUAGGCUCCAGUGUAGUGUGUGAAUGAAAUUCAUGUUAUUUGAUAAUGCUUCAUCAUAUGAUUCAUACAGGUACCCUAAACUGGCAGCCAAGAAUCCAGAGUCCAACACAGCUGGCCUGGACGUAUUUGCUAAAUUCUCUGCUUAUAUCAAGAAUUCCACCCCAGCAGCGAACAAAAGUGAGUGCUUCCAUAUUAUACUAUGGCUUUCCUGGGACAUGUUUGUUAAGGCCAAAAAUUAACGUUCAUCUGUCCCCUAGAAACAAAAUGUUCUGCUAACCAAUUUAACAUGAAAACAUAUUAACAUCAUUAAAAACCCAGCAGUUUUAUGUUAUACCUGUCAAUCGGUUAAUACCAACUUGCAAUGAGAGGAAUGAGGGAAUUUUUGGACACUCUGAUUGGGAAACUAAAACCUUUUUCAUACUUCUAUGUGAUCGUUUAUAGUCCUUUCUUAGAUGUGAUUCUGCUUUGUAACCUGUUUGUAUGAGAUCAGUUAAACCUGUGUUACAGACAAUACUGAUGAUUCACGAUUGACCUAAAUUGCUUUUAGGAUUAGAAGCCCAUAAGGAAAAAUUCUAAUAGAGCUGCACGGUAUUUGCCAGUUUUAAUAUUUUAUCCCUCUCCCAUUGUCCUCUCAUCCCCCAGCUCUGGAGAACGGGCUCAUGAAAGCUUUGCGGGUUCUGGAUAGUUACAUGAACACCCCACUCCCUGAAGAAAUCGAUGAGAACUGCGCUGAAGACGAGACAGUCUCACAUCGCCGAUUUCUGGAUGGGAACGAGCUGACCCUGGCUGACUGCAAUCUCCUCCCUAAGCUGCACAUUGUUCAGGUCAGUUGACAAGGAGAAGAAAUGUGUUCUCAGUAUUAGCUGAAUAUAGUCUUUAUGUAUCGGGAGUGCCUUGAUAUGUCUAUAAAAGGGCUCUCUAAGCACCAUCAUCACUGCACAUCUACAUUAUGAAUUGUGAUUCUGUCCAUCCUGAAUGGCAUUGAUGGACAGGGGGCAAAUGAGCCCAGCUCUGUCAGGCUAUCAUUGCCAUCCAGUUUGGACUCCUGUUACCAUAAUCACUGUAGUGAGCAGUUGUGCUGUUUGUCGUGACAAAAGCCAAAUGUUUAUAAAUGUUAUCUUUGGCAAAUAAAUAUUGGUAUUUCUUUUUUUUUUUUUUUUUUUUUAGGUGGUCUGUGAGAAGUACCGGGGCUUUAAAAUUCCAGAAGAGUUUUCAGGAAUCCACCGCUAUCUCCGGAAUGCUUACGAGCGCGAGGAAUUUGCCAGCACCUGCCCAGCCACCAGCGAAAUUGAACUUGCAUACGCUCAAGUGGCCAAACCUCUCAAAUAAACUGACUCACAGUCCCCAAGAGAGAGGGCUCCUUUCCCUGCCACCACUAUAUUUAAAUCCCAUGUAAAAAUAUCCACGCACCUCACCAAUUGUUAAAAUAAGUACAGUGCUCAGACAUUCCUAUUGAUCUACCACUUUAUGCUCUAUGUUCCUCCCUUACACUUCCCUCACAUUAAUAUAAAUUGCACUAGGUAAAAUGUAGAAUCCCAGGAUCUCUUAACAUUCCACACAGGCACUGCCCUCCUUGGCUGGGGCUGGUGUCUGUCACCUGAGCACGUCAAACUUCAUCACACCUCUAGAAGUCCUAUUACUCACAUAUGGGUUAAAUGGGGCCUUCCUGAAAAUGACCAUAGUUGAAAUCUGAUGAAAGAAUCUGAUUUGCAGCGUAGUCCAGCAUAAAAAUAUUUUACUUUAGAGAUAAAUUAUGUACCACACUCUGGUACUAAAUAAUUAUUUUAUAAACCUUUACUAUUUCCGUGCUCGCAUUUUCCCAUGUGUCAUUUUAAUAAUGUAACUUUAUUUACUUUCACCACCAACUACAUCCCAUUUACGGCCUAGGUAGGCAGACAUUUCUGUGUGUUUUAUCACGACACGCACUUGUUAAUAGUCACAAAUUUGUGUUUUUGAUGCCUAAAUGAUCCAUACGAUCCCCUUUUCUGAUUACAGUUGCGGAUAGAAUUCUAGAACUAGGAGCUGGCCAAUAUCCUGUUCACACAACCACAAAUCUAUCCAGGGAUUUGUAUAAUUGUCAUUUCAAAACUUUGCUUUAAUAAAACCGCAAACUGCUGUAGUUUCUUUGAACAAUAAUUUUGCAAAUCAAAUGAAGGAUUUUGACCCCAACCUUUUUUUUUUUUUUUUAAAGCAAUUAGCCUUUUCCUAAUUUGGAAUAACUGUAAUUUAAACCAAGCCACAGCCAUGGCCUCGCCAUUGAUGUAAUGUGAUCUCCAUGACUGCUAAAGAGUCACACAUGGACAUGGCUAAUAAAAUGGAACCCUUUCCUUAAAAUAAAUAAAGUUAAUAGAGCACAACGUUAUCACUUCAUGUCUUUCUCACUAUUGGGCUGAUAGUGGUGCAUUGUUAUUGCCACUCAAAGGGUCUGGGGUCUACAUUUAUAAAACACGUAUUUCCCCUGAGUAUAGAAGCUGUAUAUUUAAUAUGGGGAGGAAAUUAUGCCUAAUAUUUGCCUUUCUAUUAAAAAAAAAAAAUCUCUCAAAGAAAUGUCUAGUUUUUACUCAUUAGUCGAAUAUCCACACCAAGGUAAAGGACAAGGGGG